AUGGAGGACGGGGAGGCGGAGGAGGCGCAGCGGGACGCGAUCACGGCGAGGAUGCGGGCCCAGGACUACGCGGGCGCGAGGGCGCUGCUGCUGCGGACGCUGCAGACGAACCCCAGGCUGGAGGGCGCCCUGGAGAUGCUCCUGGUGCUCGAGGUCCUCUGCUGUGCCGCCGGCAGCGCGGCCGGCGGCCGUGGGGGUGUGGACUGGUACAGGGUCCUCCAGGUGCUGCCCGGAGAUGAUGGCACCAGGAUCGAGGCGCGCUACAAGAGCAUCGUGGCCCAGGUGGAGCCGGCCAUGGGGGCUCUGCCCGGCGUCGAAUUGGCCCUCAAGCUCGUUGAUGAGGCAUACGUGGUGCUGUCUGAUCCGGAGAAGCGAGAGGGGUUCAAUUCGAGGAACGUGUUCAAUCGGUUCGUUCGGUCUGGUGUUGUUGAUGCGCCACCGCCCGGUGGUACAGUCGUCCGUUCUGACAGGGUGAACAGUCUUCAUACAAAGGAGAUUAGGGGCGCAGAUGGUGCGAGCAAUGCAGCCUCGCAUGUCAACCACGCUGCUGACAGGCCAUGUUUUGAUGGAAGGGACCCCCUUCUUUCAAAUGUGGCAAGUUCUUCCGGGACUAAGAGGAUGGAUCCUUGCUUUCAUGGUGAUGACGGCGAGUUGCAGUCACCUGACGGCACUCAUGUUGACAAGAGGCAAAAGGGUGUCUGUGAAAAGGAUGUUAAUUGCAUGUCGCCCUCACAGGAAGAUUGGGAUGCCUGCUUUGAUGAUCCAUCACCUGCCAUGGAAGAAGAUUUGGAUGCCUGCUUUGAUGAUCCAUCUAGUGCCAAAGAAGAUGAGCUCUGCACUAGCAAGCAGUAUGAAUACCAUAACUUCAAGGAAGAUAGGGCGAUCAAGAAUUUUGCUGCUGGCCAAUUAUAUGUCUCAUGGUUCAAGCCCUGUCCGCAAACUCCUGAAGAUAAGAAAUGGUGCCAUGCUGGCUUGCCAUUGGUUUGUGGAACUUUCAUUGCAGAAGAACACCAUAUCUCAUUAACAUGUUCAACUAUGUUCUGUCACCAAAUUUUCAGCAACAACCUGAAUCAACAUCUUGAAGUUUAUCCCCAGGAAGGUGAGGUAUGGGCCAUUUAUAGUAAUUGGGGUAUUGGGUGGUACACUGAUCCUAGGAUGUGGAAGAAUAGUGCCUUCUCUAUUGUUGAAAUUCUUACCAGUUAUUCUAGUGAAUCAGGAUGCACUGUUGCACAUUUGGUAAAGGUAGAUGGGAAUGGAAGUGUUUUCCAGAGGCACUUCAAGAGUGGAACAGAGCACUUGUUACGCAUACACAGGGACAAUCUGAUCAUGUUCUCUCACAGGAUCCCUUCUUUCAGAUUUACUCCUGAGGCCGGAACUAUGUUCGAGCUUGAACAUUCCGCGGUUCCAGAAAAUAUUCACCAAGAAAAUACAUCAACGUGUAUUUCUCAUUUUUCUGAGCUUUCAGGUUUGCAUGAUGACACAAAUGGCUUCCCUGAAACUGCUGUUGCAAAAUUCUCAAAUCCUUCAUCAACAAGCAAAAUUGAAGCAGGUUCCCCAAUGCAAGCCAUGAUGAGCUGCAAUACCAAGUGGUCCCCCAAGGAUUUUCUAGAGGGUCAAAUAUGGGCUGUGUUUGAUUCUCGGGACCGGAUGCCUAGGUCUUAUGUCAGGAUUAUCCAUGUGGUUUCAUAUACCUCAGUUUUUGUUUUGAAGUUGGAACCUCACCCUAUGCUUAAUGAAGAGAUACAGUGGGUUGAAGAUGGUCUACCAGUUGCUUCUGGGGUAUUUCGCGCUGGUACUGAAACUACAUACAAGGAUAUCUGGGAAUUCUCACACCCUGUAGAGUGUGACUGGAGUGCAAAAAGGUCUUUUUAA